AUGGCCUGUACAUCAUCCUCUAUGACGGUGGAAUCUUACGAGGACUUGCGGGCCGAAGAGGCUGUCUCGUCCGCCGUUGCAACCCCCAGCGAGACCAGUGGUCUCCUGCGAGAUCGACACCGGAGACACUCUUAUCACGCCCCAAGGAAACUUUCCUGUGACUAUCAAGAUGCAGACACUGUGUUUAUCAGGGUCGAACUCUUCCUCGCGGAACUCGAACGCCGCAUGCAUUGGAUCGACCAAUACCGAAAGUCUCACAUGGAUCAGGUCGAUGCCAGUCUCAAACGCGGCUAUGCAACCUUGGAAGCAGUCCGUGACCAAUGCUCCGUCGCAUCUGGAGAACUGAUGGGCAGUGGCAAGAAACGAGCCAAAAUCUUGGUCGAAACAUUAGAAGAUGGAUACCAUGAGGCACUAGCGACCAAAGAGACACUGGAGCAGAAGGCCCAGGCGGGCGUCCGGCUAAUGGAGUCAUUCUUGUCAGAGCUCGAGUCGCGAGCACACGCAGUUCGUGAUCGAGGAAUCUACGGAACCCUGGAUGAUGGUUGGAAAGUCAUGGAUUCCAAGUUGGUUCACGCCCGCGAGGUGGUUGAUGAAGGAAUGGAAGUCGCUCGCCGUGCCCGAGAUGCGCUUCGAGAGAGUAUUGAGGCCGCCCUUACUGUGGCGGAGCAAAAGCGCUUGAUCGCCUACUCGGAUCUACCCGACCCCUGGAGAGUCAACCCGCAUAUCCUGAGCGGAUACCGUUUCACCACCUCCAAGUGCGAAUGUGUGUCCUCGGUCUUCACCUUCUCAAACGAAUGGGUCAAUAUCUGGUCCCAUGUUAUCGGUCUUAUUAUCGUUCUUGCUAUCGCCUUCUACUUCUAUCCACUACACACCAAUUUCCACCUCAGCAGCAAAUCUGAUGUGUUGAUUGCCGCGGCCUUCUUUGCGGCUGCAUGCAAGUGUCUAGUCUGCAGUACUAUCUGGCACACAAUGAACAGCAUUGCUUCGCAAACCUUGAUGGAACGUUUCGCCUGCGUGGAUUACACUGGCAUUUCCAUGCUGGUGGCGGCUUCAAUCGUGACCACUGAGUAUACUGCUUUCUACUGUGAGCCAGUUUCGCGAUGGACUUACAUUCUUCUGACCUUUUCUCUGGGCAUCGGCGGUGUCAUUCUACCUUGGCACCCGACUUUUAACCGUCACGACAUGGCCUGGGCCCGCGUCGCCUUUUUUGUCACACUUGCCCUCACUGGAUUCGCUCCGCUGGCGCAACUAUCUUACACUCGUGGCAUUGAAUGGUGUCUCUACUUCUAUGCCCCAGUCGUGAAGAGUAUCACUGUGUACUUCGUCGGUGCCUGUGUCUAUGCCUCCAAGGUCCCCGAGCGCUGGAAGCCCGGUCUUUUUGACUACGUUGGCGGCAGCCACAACAUCUGGCAUUUGGCUGUGUUGGGAGGCAUUUUCUUCCACUACCAUGCCAUGCAAGAUCUGUUCGCGAACGCCUUCCAGCGUGCCCAGGGAGAAUGCCCCAAUCUAACAUCUUGA